AUGGAAGACGUUUGGGGAGAGAUCUUUUCCCAUCUUGAUCCCAUCGAUUUGAGUCGAUGUGAGCGAGUAAACAAAGAAUUCUAUUGUCGGGCGAGGAAUGCUUGGAGCAGGGAAAAGGUGUUAGACACUCUACACAAACGGUUUCAAUGUGUGGAUGAGACGGCGAUUGGAGCACUCUUAGAUCGCACCGGUGAACGGAUGGAUUUGAUCCGUUUGGGCCGUCCAUCAACCUCUCAACUCUACACAUCGAACUUUCGCUCAUCACAACUCGAAAUCCCAUCAAAUCUCCAUUUCACCGGUUCUCACGCGAGAAAAAUCUCACAACUCUAUCGACUUAAGAGGCUACGCUUUCACCGUAUGAUUAUCACAUUGAAUGCUUUGGAAGAGAUGCAGAAUUUUCCCGCAUCAUUGGAGGACUUGACUUUUUUCGCGUGUCGCUUUGAGGUGUUCUCAUUGGAAGAAGCUGAGUUGGCAGAGAAUUCUAUGAUUCGUCUGCUCGAGAAAUGCGUCAAAUUGAAGACUUUUCGAAUUGAGACUCGUUGGUGUGGAUGGCUGAAAGCGAGUCGAAAAUUGAUCGCCGCUUUGCCCCGAUCACUUUCCGAGCUUCACCUCAAUCUCGGUGAUGCGCCCGAGCUCAACAAUCUCGACUUCAUUCGAUCAAUGAAUCUAACCACUCUCGGCGUCGCGCAAAACGUUUUCCAAGCCAAUGCCUUGUCAACUCUCUUGUCGAUGAAAUGCCUGAAAUCGCUGGAUCUCUCGAAUUCUCGUCUAAUCGAUGACUUCACAGCUUUAGGCCAAAUUGAUUCUCUACGUGAGUUGAACCUAUCCGGUUGCUACAGCCUCUUCAAUCGUUCAUUUGAAACAAUCUGCAUGGGAUGUCCUCGUUUGAUCCAUUUGAACAUUGAUGCUUGCUUUCGUUUGACUCGUCUUUCCCUUGAGAAAAUCGCAUUUUUAUUCAACUUGGAAUGCUUGUCCCUCUCGGGUAUCCCGGCUGUCAACGAUUCGAUAUUGGUGCAUAUCUCUGGAUUGGCUCACAUUGCAACACUCGAUCUAUCCAAGUGUCCAGGCAUCACUUCUCUCGGCGUUGAAUGGUCGUUAAACUCACUUCCCUCUCUACAAUUCAUUUCACUUCGUGGCUCUUCUCCAAGUGCUCAAAAAUGCGUGACCCCAAUCGGGAGUGGGAUUUUUGUCGAGCGUGAUCCUUUACCGGUUCAAUUCCCCACUCCACCACCUGCACCAACGUCUUGGCCUCCAUCAACCGUUAUGAUCAGCUCU